AAAACCCAAAACCCUCGUCUCCCUCACUGUCCCGUCCCUGCGGCUGCGCUCCACUCGUCGCCGCCGCCGCCGCCGCCGCCGCCGCCGUCGUCCGCGUCUCCGUCUCCGUCCUCGCCGAGGUAUCCCGUCUCGUCUCCUCCGCUCCUUGCGUCAUCUCUCUGCUGAACAGGGGAGGGGCGCCGAUCUCCAUCUGGCGAGCAGAGCAGGGGAGGGGAUCCUGAACAUUGUGAGAAUGGCCUGGAGUCAGAGUGCUAGAAAGCCCAUGAUUGGGCUUCUGUUUCGCGCCCAACAACAUUCUGCUCGGGGUUACUCUUAUUCAGCGUUCCAGGCUCACCUUUCGAGCAGCAAUGUCGAUCAAAGCGCCACACUUCUCAGGAGAUUCAGCUCCGAAGUUCCUGCGUCGGAGCAAAUGAAUCUCAUCAAACAGCUGAGGGAGAGGACGAGCGCUCCAAUCAAAGAUGUGAAGGCUUCCUUAGUUAGUUGCAACUGGGAUAUUGAUGUUGCACAGAAGGACCUAAGGAAGAGAGGGGUGGUUCUUGCUGCCAAAAAGUCUUCACGGACUGCAGCUGAAGGUUUGCUUGCUAUUGCACAAGAUGAGAAAAGGGCCGCUGUGGUUGAGCUUAACUGUGAGACGGAUUUUGUGGCAAGAAAUGAUGUUUUCCAGUAUCUGGCUUCUUCUUUAGCAAAGUUGGCUUUAUCAGCAAGGGAUCCUGGUGAAUUGGUUUUUCCUUUUGGUCCUGACUAUUUGGAGAACCUUAAUGUCAAUCUUGAUCAUCCUAAACUUAGUGGGGAGACAACAGUCCAAAGUGCUGUCACAGAAGUUGCUGCCAUGGUUGGGGAGAAUGUCAAAUUCAGAAGAGGUUUCAUUAUGUCCACAACUGCACAUGGUGUUGUUUGCUCUUAUAUGCACACAUGUCCCCAGCCAGGUUUGGGUCGUCUUGCUGGCUUGAUCACACUAGAGGCAGAAGACAGCAAUGCUCCUCUUGAUGCUCUUCAGAGAGUCGGGAAAUCUAUUGCAAUGCACAUCGUUGCGACAAAGCCGUUGUUUUUAUCAAAAGAACUGGUCUCUGCUUCAGCUGUUGAAAAUGAGAGGGACAUACUCCGGACUCAGGCUGAAAGCUCUGGAAAAUCCCAAAUGGCCAUGGAGAAAAUGGUGGAAGGCCGACUAAGAAAGUAUUUUGAAGAAGUUGUGCUUUUGGAGCAAAAAUAUGUUGUCAAUGACAGCACAAACAUCAAGAGCGUCCUGAAUGAUUUGUCAAAGGAAGUUGGCUCAAAAGUUACAGUUGGCAAUUUUGCUAGGAUGGAAGUUGGCGAAGGAGUUUCAAAGGCCUGAUGAGUCCACUGGGUCUGAAGCUACGGCUCGUUCUGCAUAGUUUUCAAGCUGACAUGAAUCAAAUGUGAUAAUUGAGAUAUGCUGAGGUUUCUCUUCUUCUCAAGUUAGAUUUAUUAGUCUCCUGAGAACUGUACUACUUUUUCCGCGGUUUGGCUCCAACAAUACGGUCAUAUUUUUCUACAAAUGCUAUGUAUCAAUUAGUUUACAAGUGAACUUUCUCUAGAGAGUAUUGUAACAAUUCGAAUUUAAUGAAAUAAUGUUUGAUCUAAACAAACAAGGAAUACAAGGUCACGCUGACUCCUGCAAAGCUGAAGGAUCCAGUUUUAAUUUGGUUU